UUUGCCUUUUACUUUUCCAGUUCCCGGCAUUGACUCGGAGGCUCCCGCGACUCGUUCGACGACGGAUUUGUUCUUGCUAUUUUGCUUCCCACUUUUAUUGUCCACGUUUGUCUCUCAGCGGUUUUAAAACUGGCAAAUAAUUUCAAGGUGCGAGGACGCCGCAGGGCAGUAUGUCUUUUACUAUCCUGGCUUUUUGCUUCUGCUCCUUACUCUGUUCGCUCCACGCCGAAGCAGGUCGUCUUCCUGCACCGGUGAAGCUGAUUUAUAAGUGGCUCGACGUGUUUACGGUGAACGUGUCUUGGCUGAAACCCAGGAGAUUGCCGGAACACUGCAACGUCCGUUACAAAUAUGGGCCAGACAAUUCUUCCACCGAGUGGAGGAACAUCACCAUGACUCUCCUGACAGAAAAAGCUGGAUCGUCUAACUGGACCUUUUCCGUCCAGACGGUCAGCGUUGGCAACUGCAAAGCAAAUGAGAGCAUACCUGCAGUCAUCACCAUCCACUCCCCGCAGCCACGCGCUCAGCUGGUGAAGGACUUCAAGUGUCUCUUCCAAGCUGAUAAGACGGAUUGUGAUUGGAUUCCGGUCGAUCCCUCUGUUAACCUGAUGCUUUCCUUUAGGGUUUGUGGUGAUGAAGAAAUCAGUGAAGGUUUGCAGGUGUGCGAGCAACCUUACCACCGUGGCGGCAGGGACGGCUGCCACCUAAGUGCCGACUUUAUUGGCAUGGACAUCUGCAUGCUCUUGAGCAGCCAGGCUGGGAUGAGCACGUUUAGACCAAAGCGAGUGGUUUCCCCUCCAGCUCUGAGCUACGUUGUGGAAGGAGACAACCUCUACCUGAGGUGGACCACUCCCGAGGUGGGGCAGGACUGCAGUUGGGUCUACGAGUUGUGCUACAAGAGGUGCAUUGAAUCCCAAAUAUGCGAGCCCUUCUACAUUUCCAGUGGACAACCCCGGAAGAUAGCCUACGACAAAAGCUGCAGUUAUGAGUUAAGGUCCCGGGUCUUAAAAGUCGAAUACUGCCCUGAAAUGGACAGUGACUACAGUACAGAAAAGAUUGAUGCCCAGGCUCCAGGCAAGACUCCCAGCGUAACACUGAUUGUAGUAGCCAUUGUCGUCCCUCUCGUCCUGUGUUUCGCCAUCUUUUUGUUCUGCUAUUGCAUCAGGAGGCACAGCGCCAUUCUCUACCCUGUCAAACACGACCCAUCAGUGAUAUUCAAAACUGAAAUUAAGGCCCUGACAAAUCUUUACACACCUGUGCCAGAACUUAUAGAGCCGUGCAAAAUUAUUAUACCUCACGGACAUUGCACUUCUCAGUUGGCCAACACACCCUCUGGCCUAAUACAGCAGAACCUGACAGAGUGAGGGGUUCUGUUCAGGAAGAGAGACACGAAUGGGACACUAUGAGGAAAUGCAGUGAACCUUAAAAAAAGACGCUUGCCAAAAGAAUCUUAGGAAUCAGGGCAUACAAAAGGUGGUCAUCACUCUCCUCAGGACUGCGAGUGGACUUGUGGACGGCGCAAUAAACCACAGAAAGAUUUUGCACAACACGAGGACAUGCAGGACGUAUGUGGACAUGUUGCACGCGGUCUUUAUGAAAAGACGUGUGCACUAGCAUUUUUGACUCGUCCGAACUUGCCUUGUUCAACUCACUCAAGGAUGCUUUGAAUGUUAUUAUAAUUAUUGUUUUUUUCACUGCUGCAUGACUCCUGAAUGAGACUGUCAAAUAGAAUAACAAUUCCAACAUUUAAAUGUGUGAAUAAAGAAUAGAAUAUACCACUGUAGUUCAGGAACACAUCUAUACAAUCCAGAAUGAUGAUGGUUGAUUAAUUAUAAUUCAUCUUAUAUUAGGAACAGCUGUCGGUAUGACGCCUGGUAUGUCUACCAGCGAAAUAAUAAACGUACGGUUCAAAUAAUACAUACAGCGCAUCUGGAAAGUACUCACGACGCUUCACGUUUUCCACAUUUAGUUGUGACAACCUAAUUCCAAAAUAAUAAAAUUCUGCACACAAUACACCACAAUGACAACAUGAACAUGUUUGCACAUUUAUUUAGAAAAAAACAAUGAAUAAAUCACAUGACAAUAAGUAUUCAUAGCCUUUGCUUGAUUAUUAUGGAAUCACAGGAGUGCCAAAAUUAAAAGGCAAUACGUGUGGAAAAACAAUGAGAAUUAAUAAUACAAAAAUUUACAAAUGUGGAAAUACAAAGAGAAUCAAUAAU